AUGAUUCUCUUCUCAUCACCCCUCUUUCCAAACCACUCUAUUCUCACCCUACACUUCUCUUUCCAAACCAAGCCACACUCUUCUUGUUUUCACCCAUCUCAUUCCAAAACCAUGUCAUUCUUUUCUCAUUUUCCCCCUCUUUUUCCAAACCGCUCUUUUCUUGUUCCCUUCUUUUUCCAAACCGCUCUUUUCUUGUUUCCCUCUUUUUCCAAAUCAGUCUUCUCAUUUCCCUCUCUUUCCAAACCAUUCUUCUCCUCCAUUCUCCCAACCACUAUCACCCUCUUUCCCAACCAUUCACUUUGUGUUCCCCAUUCUUUCUCUCUCUCAACCACUCAUUGGCCCCUCUCUCCUGACUACUUUGUUCUUGUUCCCACAUCUCUCUCACUUUUUAUUUUUCUACUUUCUGUGUUACCUAUUAUCUUGUCCUGUAUGUUUUUCUCUCUACCUGAAUAUCUUAAUUUUAUACAUUUGAGUUUUCCAUCCUCCUCCUCCUCCUCUUUCUAUCCUGUUGCCUUUUUUUGUCACUCUUUCUCCUUUAAUUCAGUUGUCCAUCACAAGGCACUAAAGAUAAAGAACAUCAGAAUAAGCCUUAUUAAGAGCAAAUUGACAAUGCCUACUGCCUCUCUGCAUCGUAGUCCUUCAUCCCACUUUGCAUCCAUCCAUCCAUCAAUUUUGCCAAGGUUUCCAUAA